AUGUAAAUAACUACGAAUUACGAUAGUGAGCCAUUCUCAUUAAUAAAUACUAAGAGAUAAAUAUUUAGUGGAGAUUAAGAUGUGAAGAUGAAGCAAUAUUUUCAGAGAAGCCGAUCAAUAGAAGAUAUUGAUUAGAUGAUUGAUGAUUAUGGUAAAAGUGCUAAGUAUUGUUUAAAUAAUAGUAAUAGACCUUCAUCUUCUAAUUUACGUAAGACAAAAAGCAAUUAUAAGCCUCCAACUAUAAAUAUUCAAAAUAUCAUAACAAAUAAAAGGGAAACUUUUAUUUUUGAGAAUCUGAAUUUGGAUUAGAAAGAGCCAGGGUAUGAGUUGAUAAAAAUUGAAUAGAUUUAGUCCAGUUUGGAAACAUGGAAGUUUGAAGAUCAUCAGAUUAGUUGCUAGAUUUUUAUAUUAACUGAAAACAAAAGCAGAAACUUUGAAGUUAAAAUUGAUGAAUCAUCAUAUAUUUAAAUACAUUGAUGAUAAAGCAAGUGAUUUUAAUGAAUUCAAAUCUGGGAAGACUAUAGAUGAUCAUUCCUUUAAAAAUAUAAUGUGUAGAAAUCUAAAGAAGAUGGAAGGAGCAUUUUCAAUCAUUAAGACUAUUAUAGAAUAUUUAUUCAAUAGAAUAGGAGUUAUAUAUCCAGAGAGUACAUUUAAAAUCAUAUGGGAUUCUAUAGUAGUAUGUUUUAUAGUAAUCAAUAUAUUCUUUAUACCAAUGUCAUUGAGUUUUGAAUUGGAUAAAUCAAGUACUUUAGUUUGGUUAUUCUUUGAAACUAUACCUAGUUACAUUUUCAUAGCUGAAAUACUACUUAAUUUUAAUACUGCAUAUUAUGGUCAUGGUGUAAUUCAUUCAACCAGAAAAGAAAUAUUUCAUCAUUAUGUUUCUGAAAAUUUUUGGUGGGAUUUAAUGAUAUCUAUACCUUAUGUAUUAUCUUAAUUGGAUAUACCUUAUAUACAAUUUGUAUUACUAUUAAGAAUUACUAGAGUUAAGUCUAUGGUUUAAAAUGUGGAAGAUAUGUUGAAUGCUAAAGAAUCUGUUUAGGCAGCAGUAGAAUUAUCUAAAUUAAUAUAUUUUAUUAUAUUUGUUGCACAUAUGUGUAGUUGUGCUUGGCAUUUAUUGGGUAAAAUAGAAGUUGAUGUUUAUGGAGAUAAUAAUUCAUGGUUGAUUCAUUAUGGUUAUUAUGAUGAACCUUGGCAUACUAGAUAUAUAGUAAGUAUCUAUUGGAGUGUAAUAACAACAUUAACAGUUGGUUAUGGUGAUAUUGUUCCUUAGACUUCUAUUGAAUAAUUAUUUGUAGUUAUUAUUGCUAUGAUAAUAUGUGGUGUAUUUGGUUAUUCUAUAUCAACUAUUGGAGAGAUUCUUAAGAAUUUGGAAGAAAAGAAGGGUCAAUUUAAAUAAUUGAUGAAAGAGGUUAAUUCUUAUAUUAAAGAAAAAGAAUUAAAUUUAUAAUUAUCUUUAAAAGUAAGAAAAUAUUUUGAAUUCUAUUAUCAAACAUAAUAAUCAUAAAAGCGAUCUUAUCAAACUUUACUUAAUAAUUUGAAUGAAUAAUUAAAAUAAGAAAUUAUGAUAGAUCUAUAUAAGAAGAUUCUCAUCUAAUCUAAAUUUAUUAAUGAUACAUUCAAUGAAACUUUGAUUAAUUAACUUUGUUAAAAAGUUUAAUAAGAAAAUUUUGGACCUGGAGAUGACAUUAUUGAUAUUAAGAAUAAAAGUGAAAAAAAACUAAUUUUUAUAAUAAAUGGAUAAGUUGAUAGUUUUAUUCAUAUACAAGGUUCUCAAAAAGAAACAUAACAUCUUAUUACUUAAGGCAAAUUCUCUCGUACUUAUAAGAAAGGAGAUAUUAUUGGUGAAUUUGAAUUUAUUACUAAUAAUGAUUAUUCUCUUUAAUAUAGGGCUGUCAAAUUUACAUAAGUUGCCUUUAUUAGUAGAUAAGAUUUACUAGAAAUCAUAAAUCAAGAUAAGGAUCAUCUAUAUAAAUUCCAAAAACUUAUUGAUUCUCUUACGUAUUCUUAAAAAUUAGGAAGAACUUGUGAAAUUUGCAAAUGGACUCAUUUAUAUUAGAAGUAAUUAUAGAAUUGUUUUAUUUUCUUUAAAUUUUAGUUGUCCAUUUACAUUCUAUUAGCCAAAUAUUUGGAAAGUAGUUCGACAAGCUUCUGCAUCUGUGAAUAUCAAAAGGUUCCCUUUCGAACGUAAGUCUCGUUAAAGAUACAAAGCAAUUUCAAACUCUUAGAUUACAAUAGCUACAAUUUUGGAUUUCAUGUUAAUCCAUAAUUUUAUAUAAGAAGAGUAUAUUUAUUACAUAAAUAUUAAGUCUCCUUUGUAGUAAAACACUAUAAAGAUUAGGUUUCAAUAAUAAUCAUAGGAUUAGUUAGAGAGAGAUUCAUGAGAUUAGUUCAGGCUCUUCUUCUAAUACUUCAAGUAGUAGUGAAUCAUCAUCUAAUAAUAAUACAUCUGUUAAAAAUAAAAGAACUUCUUUAUAGUCAUAAAAUGAAAAAAAUGAUAAAUUUGAACGUUUGAGAACUACAGUAAAUAUGAAAGAUAGUGCUCAUAAUAACUUACUAAAACCAAUCUUAUAAAAAAUGAAUUCUAUUGGUUAAUAACCACAUGAAGAUUAAGUUAAUUAAAAUUCAACUCCUAAUAUUAAAUUGUUUCCUUACUUUUAUAAGAAGAAAUCUUCCAUAUCUAAUAUUAAGGCAAUGUCAAAGGUAGAAAUACCUAAUGGAGCAAAUGAAAUUGAAACCAAUAAAGAUACAUUAAAAUUAUAUUAAAUUUAAAAGGGACCUGAAAAUUAUGAUGAAAUGGAUCUUAUGAUGUAAGAAGAUAAUGAUUUUUAUCCAGAAUUUAAUGUUUUCAAAGUUAUAGAGAUCUAUAAUAAAUUUAGAAUAAGAAAUUUAAGUUUUAGAAAAAAAAGAUAGUUUCAUGAAAAAUUAAAAUCAAUUAGAUUAUAAAAACAAUUUAAUCUAAAAAUACUAUCGCCUCGUUCAUCCUAACAAAUUAUUUGA